UAAUUAAUGAGUUGUGUCUAUUUAUUGUGAUUAUUGUGUAGUGUUACCUUAUAAUGAGUCAAUAUCAGAAAUUUACACAAGAGCAAGGUAUUUUUCUGACAAUAUUUGACUUUUAAAGCUUAUAUGUUUUCAUACUUUUUUCUUGAAAAUAAUAUAAAUUUUCUGAUUAGAAACCACAGUUGAUUUUUUUGCCAAAAUUUAAGAUAAAAAGUAUUUCAAAAUGUCAAAUCUCAAUGGUGAAGGAAUUUCUACAGCAGGUUCAUCCUCUCAAGAUGUUAAUUUAGACAGACAUACUCGAAAUGAUUAUGGACCUUAUGGCAAAAUGCAACCCUUUACUUCAACUAUUGUGGACAUGGAUGGUAGUUCCCAGAGUGAAGGUGGCAGUAUUGGUUGUUGUGGAUAUAUUUUAUAUGCUUUCUCCUGUAUAAUAAUUAUUUUAACAUUCCCAUUUUCAUUAUGCUUCACAAUCAAGGUGGUCCAAGAAUAUGAAAGAGCUGUCAUGUUUAGGUUGGGUCGGUUGUUAGCGGGUGGUGCACGAGGACCAGGUCUGUUUUUCAUUAUACCAUGUAUUGACUCCUAUACUAAAGUAGAUCUGAGAACAGUUUCAUUUGAUGUGCCACCACAAGAGGUAUUAACAAGAGAUUCUGUAACUGUAGCAGUAGAUGCUGUAGUAUACUAUCGUGUCCAGAAUGCUACCAUGUCCAUAACCAAUGUUGAAGAUGCCAAUAGGUCAACUAGAUUACUUGCUGCCACCACCCUCAGAAAUGUGCUUGGUACAAAAAAUUUGGCUGAAAUUCUUUCAGAAAGAGAAGCUAUCAGCCAUAAUAUGCAGUCCUCAUUAGAUGAAGCUACUGAUCCUUGGGGUGUUAAAGUGGAACGUGUUGAAGUUAAAGAUGUACGUUUACCUGUACAGUUACAGAGAGCUAUGGCUGCUGAAGCAGAGGCUGCCAGAGAAGCAAGAGCUAAGGUAAUUGCUGCAGAAGGAGAGCAGAAAGCUUCAAGAGCUUUAAAAGAGGCUGCUGAUGUCAUGGCUGAAUCCCCUGCCGCUCUCCAAUUACGUUAUCUUCAAACACUCAACUCUAUAUCAGCCGAGAAAAAUUCAACCAUCAUCUUCCCCUUGCCUAUUGACUUGCUUAAUGGAUUCUUAAACAAACCUGAAAAAACCUCAUUUUAAGAACACUUUAGGCAGUCAGAUUUCCUAGACUAGAUUUGAUUGGCUCAUUUUUCAAAGCUCAUUAAAAUUUUAACCAAUCAGACAAUAUCAAUUAUUUGUUUAUAAUAGUAUAUUUACUGAACUAACAGAAUUCAAUAUUUUGACCUAUGUUUUGAUUUUGUAUUUGGUAAAGUUUAUUGACAAUAUUGUUAAAUGACAAGAACAAUUGUAAUCCCUUUUUUAUACACUGGUAAUUAAUUAUUAUUAUACAUGUAUAUCUUGAAGCCUCUUGAAUUUGGUCUAUGGAUCUCCAAAGCUGUGCUGUAUUAAGCAGUGUCAACCUUGCCUUAAAAUUCAUGCAUAAUAAGCACCUUGUAUAAAGUGAAAAACAACAAUAUGAGUUUUAUGUUCAGAGAAGUUAAUAGAUUGGCUGGGUUGUUGUAAUAUGUAAGACACAGAUUUGGUACAUCAAAUUCAAGAGAAAUUUCAUUACCUGUUUUGAGAAUAUGGUAAAUAACUUCAAAUCCUUAUUAACAGUUUUCAAUCUAUAUUUUAGAUAGCACAGAUUUGAGUACAAAUUUUGAUUUAAAAAAGGGUUUUUGAGAAUUUUCUUGAAUAUAAUGUAUUUCUUAAUAUAUGUUUAAAGUGAAGAAUUGAUGAUGUAUUUAUUAUAAACCGUAUUCUGUUUUCUCUGUAAAAAAUACUUCUUGCCUUUUUUAAUCAGUUGGACAUUUUUAUAUAUAGGGCUGACCUUCAUUGUGUAUAUCAAUUGUACAUUAAUUUAAAAAUGUUGUUAUUUGUAUAUUAACUGCAAAACAAUCUUAUCUUUUUGAACAAGAACAUUUCAAGUUAUACAUGUAUUUGUAUGUAGAGAUACAUGAAACCACAAAUUAAACUUGAUAGACCUUUUACUGGACCAAUGUCUCAAAAAUCAUGUCAGCCCCGAAAGCAUGUACAAUGGGAAAUGAGAUAGUUUGUAAACUGUUCAGUUAUAUCAAUCUGCUAAAAGUAAGGUUUAUGCUACAUGUGUAUGUGAUAUAGAAGGUAUAUUAAACUUGUAGUGUU